GUCUACUAGUCGGCGCAGUCAGAUUCGAGUGCGCGACCAUACUGUGUCUCUCGGAGUUGCGUAAUUUUGGAUUCGUGCUGCUUCUUGGCGAAAUCUCCCAAGUUUCCGCGACAUCGCCGCAGCGCACUUGUCCAGCGAAUUCUCAGGAUGCCGAACUCUAACGAACUGUCCAAGCUCCCAGCUCCGAAUGAGAUCGUUAUUCUCAGCGGGAACUCUCAUCUGGACCUGGCCCACAAAAUUGCAGCGAGCAUAGGCACGAAGGUCGGCAAGAGCAAAGUUCUCCAUUUUGCUAAUAAAGAGAGCGCUGUGGACAUUGACGAGUCGGUCAGGAGUCGCAACGUCUACCUCAUCCAGUCCGGCUCUACAAAAGAUGUCAACGAUUCGAUCGUGGAGCUGUUGAUCAUGGCCUACCACUGUCAAACAUCUGCGGCUCGCAAGGUCGUAGCGGUGGUUCCGUAUUUUCCGUAUUCGAAGCAAAGCAAGAUGAGGAAGCGGGGCUGCAUCGUAUCGAAACUUCUGGCACAAAUGUUGAUCAAAGCUGGAGUCAAUCAUCUCGUCACCAUGGAUUUGCAUCAAAAAGAGAUCCAGGGCUUCUUCGACAUUCCGGUGGAUAACCUUCGCGCAAGCCCUUUCCUCCUGCAGUACAUCACACAAAACAUCGCUGACUACAAGAACUCGGUCAUUGUCGCACGUGUUCCCGCUCAGACGCACAAAGCCUCGGCGUUUGCGGAAAAACUCCGCGUUGGGAUGGCCGUCAUCCACAACAAAGCUGUCGACGAAGAGAUUACGGAUGGACGCCAUUCGCCCCCACCCGAGGCAUCUCGGAAGAUUUCAGAGUGCCACGAAUCAGCUCCAGAAAUGAACUCGGCGAUUGUGGGCGAUGUUCGAGGCAAGAACGCGAUCAUGGUGGAGGACCUGAUCGAUGAUUUGAGUCAGUUCGUCUAUGCAGCGGAGUUUCUGAAAUCCUACGGCGCUAGACGAAUCUAUAUUUUGGCGACUCACGGCAUUCUGUCGCAGGACAUCGACAUUCUCGAAGAUUCGCCCAUCGACGAGGUCAUCAUCACGAACACCGUCCCCCAUGACCACGAGUUGCAGAAAAUGCAAUCGAAGAAAAUCAAGACCAUCGACGUCUCGAUAUUACUGUCCGAGGCGAUCCGUAGAAUCCACAACAAGGAGUCGAUGUCUUAUCUGUUCAGGAACGUCGGCCUCGAGGAUUAAAUUGAGGGCCGGAGGGCUCGUAGAGCUCCCUCCGCCUAUAGAACGAGUUUGGGAGAGCGAGGGUCGUUUCCCAGCCAUACCUUCAGAAUAAAGGAUAAUCCCUCUGGAUCUUC